ACUCUACUGAAACCCCAAGAACAGAUAAGUGAAAGAAAAAAGAAAUGGCAUCUUCAUCAGGUCUAUUUUCUUCAAUUAGAGGCCCUGAAAUCUCCAAAUCUAAAACCCUAAUUUUCAAUUCAAAACCUUAUCAUCAUCACCAUGCAUUCAUCAAUGUUUCAUUUCCUCUUCAUUCUCAAUCCUAUCAGAAGAAGCAAAACAAGUUGAGGGUUUCUGCUGCAUCAUCAUCUAUCUCCAUGACUGAGGAUAUCCGAACUGGUCCAGAGGAUCUUGUUGCAUCUAUUCUCUCCAAGGUGACUGGAACUGAUCGAGGAGUUUCGCUAACUAAAGAAGGGCAUAAAGAGGUAGCUGAAGUGGCUCAGAAAUUACAAAAGUACUGUGUUGAUGAGCCUGUUAAAUGCCCACUUAUAUUUGGAGAGUGGGAUGUGCUGUAUUGUUCUGUGCCUACAUCUCCUGGAGGUGGCUACCGCAGUGCAUUAGGGCGUGUCUUUUUUAAAACCAAACAAAUGAUUCAAGUAGUUGAAGCUCCUGCCUGCGUUAAAAAUAAAGUCUCGUUUUCUUUAUUUGGUUUCAUAGAUGGAGAGGUUUCCUUGAAAGGUGCACUAAAUGUAUUGGAUGAAAAAUGGAUUCAAGUUAUAUUCGAGCCUCCAGAAUUGAAGGUUGGGGGUUUCAAUUUCACUUAUGGUGGGGAGAGUGAGGUUAAACUGGAGAUUAGCUACGUAGACGAAAAAAUCAGGUUAGGAAAAGGUUCCAGAGGUUCUUUGUUCGUCUUUCUAAGACGUUAAAACCACGUAUUUCAUUCGAUAUAUCAUUCUCAUUGUAUUCCAACCCCAUUAUGUAUCUGUAGCUUUUCGUGUUUUUCACUAGUAAUAGUUGUGAUGAUUGAACAAACAUCCAUCUGCUGUAAAAUAUAUCAGAUCUAUAGAACUCUUGAUAUGUGUGGAAUUAUCUGGAGACCUCUCAUAUUUUUGUCAACCAUUUAAACUAAAUGUAAUGCUAUUUAUAGCUUUUCAGUACA